CUCAUGUUUCUGGGCCCGUGAAAGGAUUUGUAUAACACAUUCACUUUUGAUGGACUUUCCCAUGUUCCCCCAGACAGCUCUUUUUCUCUUGACGUGUUCAAAUAAUGAAUCUCUUAUGUUAACUUUUUUUCCCUGAGAGUGAGCCCAUGCUUCUAGUGGUUUUGCCAGGAUGCUGGGUAAUCUACUCAGUCUCACGCAGCAGCUGGGAACAGAUGGAGUACCGCUGAUUCUACAGCUGCCACGGAAACGGGUGAGUCUCCCAAAACAGAGAGAGGGAUGCUAGAACUGGCAGAGGGCGAAAGUGGGCGAGGGUCAGUGUGAAACUCAGAGAACACUGUGGUAGAAACAUCAUAUUAGAUGCAUACUAUUUGGCAGAAGCGGCAACAGAAGUAUCACAUUUCUCAUUUACUUUCAUUUUUCCUUCAUGCUAAUUUAAUAGCAUAAUUACAGAAAAUUGCAAUCAAAUGACCUUUUGAAGAUGUGAUACGUGUCUAAUUAUGUAUUCAUUCUUUUUAUUUCAGAAAAAGAAUAACAUUUUCUGAUGAAUCCAAAGAAAUCGCUAACAGAUUGUCUUGCUCAGGCAUUGAAAUGGAACAUUUAUGUGUAAUUCUUAUGCUUAUAAGUAAAACUUUAAUAGUGAAGGCACAAUUCAAUGGAUUCAACUGUGAUGGCAACUUCCACAGCCGCUUUCCUGCUGAGCGGGACAUCAGUGUAUAUUGUGGAGUGCAGACCAUAACACUGAAGAUUAAUUUUUGCCCAGUGCUCUACUCCGGCUACACUGACAUUGACCUGGCACUGAAUGGCCGUCACGGGGAUGCUCACUGCCGAGGGUUCAUUAACAACAACACUUUCCCUACAGUCGUGCUGUUCAGCAUCAGUCUCAGCACGCUAGAGGCCUGUGGGAACUCACUGGUGGUGUCAACGGCUCAGGGGCCAAAUGCUUAUGGGAAUCUCUCCCUGGUCCAGAUUGGUAACAUAGCAGGGUACAUUGACACUCCAGAUCCCCCAACGGUUAUCAGCUACCUGCCGGGACUGCUUUACAAGUUUAGCUGUAGUUACCCGCUGGAGUACCUGGUCAACAAUUCACAGCUUGCUUCGUCAGCCGCAGCAAUAUCAGUGAAGGACAGCAAUGGUACUUUUGUGAGCACAUUGAGCUUACUCCUUUACAACGACUCCACAUAUGUCCAAAACCUGGCAAUCCCAAUGGCCGGACUCACUUUGAAGACACGAGUGUUUGCAGCAGUAAAAGCCACCAACCUAGACAGGAGGUGGAAUGUUCUGAUGGACUACUGUUACACGACUCCCUCUGGGAAUCCUAAUGAUGAGCUCCGAUAUGACCUUUUCUUUGGAUGUGAUAAGGACCCGCAGACGACAGUGUUUGAGAACGGGAAGAGCCAGAUGGGCCGCUUCUCCUUCGAGGUGUUCCGCUUUGUCAAGCACAAGAACCAGAAAAUGUCCACCGUCUUUCUGCACUGUGUGACCAAACUGUGUCGUGCUGACGACUGCCCCAUGCUUUUGCCUAUCUGCGGUAAGAGGAAGAAAAGGGAUGUGUCGGAAAGAACCGGUACGGCCUCUGACAAUGCAGUCAUAACCGCCGGACCCAUCAUCACCAGAAGUGACGAAACUCCCACCAAUAAUUCUCAGCUAGCACAGUUAAAUGGCCCUCAAUUCAAAAUUAAUUCAGUGACGAGCGCUCUGAUUUCUGCCAUCACAAUCCUCGCCAUUAUGAGCAUGUGUUUCUUCAUCCUGUGUCUUACACUGCUGAGGGGGAAACGGACACCACCAACAUCUCUGUCUGGAGCCCCCAACCCAGCUUUCAGCUAAACACACACAAACACACACACACACACACACACACACACACACACACACACACACACACACAUGUUGGUCUACCUAACAUUAUGAGGACUUUCCAUAGUCAUUUUUAUACUGUACAAACUAUAGAUUCUAUCCCCUAACCCUAACCCUACCCCUAAACCUCACAAAAAACUUUCUGCAUUUUUACAUUUUCAAUAAAACAUCGAUUAAUAUGUUUUUUAUGCGAUUUAAAUUAUGAGGACACUAGAAAUGUCCUCAUAAACCACAUUUAUAGCAUAAUACCCUUGUAAUUACCAGUUUGUAACCUAAAAAUUGUCCUCGUAAACCACAUAAACAUGCCCACACACACACACACACACACACACACACACACACACACACACACACACAGCUGUUCACUCAGCUAUACAAUAAAACUAUACAGAAUGUGUGCAGAGCUCUUCAGUUACACACGAUAAUGUAAUACAGGGAAAUUACAGGUCUAUAGCGGGGCAUCAGUGGGGGUCGUGCACCCAAGGGCAACUUAGCAGACAAUACAGUGAUAUUAUUUCUUUAUAUCAUUUGGAAUAAAUAGCUUAAGCUAAAUAAAUAUUUCAUGAACAAUUUCAGGAAUUUCCAUUGAUUUCCUUUUAGUAUCUAUUUCAUAUAUGCUUUAUUCAUUUUUUGGAGCUUUUCUACCUUAAAGGGAUUAGUUCACCCAAAAGGAAUAUUCUAUCAUCAUUUACUCACCCUCACGCCAUCGCAGAUGUGUAGGACUUUUUUUCUUCUGCUGAACACAAAUUAAGAUUUUUUGGGGGAGGGGGAUUUUUCCCCUUUUUCACCCAAUUUGGAAUGCCCAAUUCCCAGUGCGCUUUUAAGUCCUUGUGGUCGCGUAGUGAUUCGCCUCAAUCCGGGUGGCAGAGGAUGAAUCCCAGUUGCCUCCGUGUCUGAGACAAACAACCCGCGCAUCUUAUCACGUGGCUUGUUGAGCGCGUUGCCACGCAGACAUAGCGCGUGUGGAGGCUUCACGCCAUCCACCGCGGCAUCCGUGCUCAACUCACCAUGCACCCCACUGAGAACGAACCACAUUAGGCGACCACAAGGAGGUUACCCCAUGUGACUCUACCCUCCCUAGCAACCGGGCCAAUUUGGUUGCUUAGGAGACCUGGCUGGAGUCACUCAGCACGCCCUGGGAUUCGAACUAGCGAACUCCAGGGGUGGUAGCCAAUGUCUUUUACCACUGAGCUACCCAG